AUGGCAGCGCAGGGAGUAGCUCGCAAGAACAUGCGCAAUAUCGGAGAUCUUACACGACCAUUGCAGCCCAGCUACUCCCUCUCGCUCCUCCACGCAUGCACCGCCCACCUCAGCUCCGACCCGUCCACUGGCAACGGCAACACUGCCCACGUCCGCGUCUCCGACGUCCUCCCCAUGGUGCACCCGAGCGACCGUGUCUGCGGCGGCUGGGACAUCUCCGGUGCGCGCAUGGACGAGUGCCACGCCAUGCUGCAUAUGGCCGCGCGCGGCAAGCCGCUCCCGCCGAUCUACUACCCCGACUACAUCAGUGCGCACCAGGCGGCUCGCGCGGACCACGCCAUUCCCGGCAACGGCAAGCAGACCCACCUCGAGCACCUCUGUGCGGACGCCUGCCACUUCCAAAGCCAAGCACGGGUUUGA